AUUACAUUUAAAAACACGUUAAUAGUACCGAUCACUUUGAGUAAGUCGAUUGCACUAACUAAUGGCAAGUUUAUACGAAGAGAGUAAAGCCCUUUUCUCGAUUGAGAUAGUAAAGAUUCGUAAAAGCGCUCUGAAGUGAGUAAUAUACAUGUUCGUAUCAUGUGACCAGGGGCGACAAUGAAAUUUCCCCGUCGAUUGGCCUCCCUCACCCUCCUAAUUAUAGGAGGGUUAUACUUUCUGAUUAACUCGCAGUGUCUGAGUAAGAAACGCAAGAUUCUGGAAGGCGAUGAAGUCUUUGGUAAAGUAUUGACGAACGAGAAUGGUGUUUGGUAUGACGAGGAGGAAAUCUGCAAUUCACGUGACAAUUUUGUUCGCACGCAACUCAAGAUGGAGAAUUCCCUAGAUAUUUUCGUUUAUCCUACAUCAAUUGACAAAUGGGUUUCGGGGAGGAUCAUUAGGGAAGGGAAGUGGGAGGAAGACCAUAUCCAGAAAAUCUACCGAAUCCUGAAGUCCGACCCUUCCAUUAUUUUUCUUGAUAUUGGGGCGAAUGUGGGCGUGUUUGCAUUGACAAUGGCCAAGUUGGGUAACCAAGUGGUGGCGAUAGAUGCAUUAGGUGAUAAUGUGGGAAGAAUCUGUGCUUCCAUGAGAACCAAUAACCUACACAAUAGAAUGUCAAUCAUUUAUAAUGCGGUGUCUUAUACUCGUCAAAAAGUGUCCCUGGGGAAAUUUCAUCUCAACGUAGGCGGCACCUUUAUCAAAAAGAUGGGCGUGUCAGCAAACAGUGACGUCAUUGUGAUUGACACCAUAUUGCUAGAUGACCUCUUGGAUUUGUACAAGUUCAAAGGUCGUCGUGUCGUCAUUAAAAUGGACGUGGAGACGUUUGAGGCGAAUGUAUUAAGAGGCGCGUUCGAAUUCUUUAACAAUGUUCGCGUGGAAUUCGUGUUAAUGGAAUUCAUGGCCCAUAAAGGAAAGGAAAGUGGGGACUUCAUUGUGCAAUUUUUAAAGGAUUUUGGACUGGAGCCCGAUGUGUCAAAUAGCAACCACAGUGCGUGGCCUAUGGACGUUAUGUUCAGAAAAUCAAGUGCUGUCCACGGUAAACGUUAAGAGGACUGGGUGGCUGUGCAUGACCAUUUUUAUACAAUACACAGGGGGCCCGUCCCCCCUCCCCUUUUGAAGAUUAAAAUUUUAAAAAUAUGUACAGGACCUAUAUAUAUAUAGAAAAAGAAUGUCAAAUCUGUUUUUGU